AUGAACCUUAUCUAUCAAAAUAUGCCCUUUGAUUUGACGUGUUCUUUCUCUGCCAGAACGGACAAAAGUCAUCGCAUUCUAAUAUCUUCUUUUUAUGAGCUUUAUAUUCAAUUAUAUUUGGCUGUCCCUGACAGCUUUCUCCUAACGUUAAUGCACACCUUGGUUCUUAGUUCAACGUAUUACUGCGCCUGCUCUGAGCAUUUUUAUUCGUGUCUCACAUGGAGCAAACACCAAAAUGAAUAUUUUCAUUUUAAAAUAUCAUUAUUGAAACAAAAUCGUGCCAUAGAACCACCGAUGCCGUAUGUCUUCAUCUAA